CGGAUUCUGGAAGAAAAUAAUCUCCCACGGGACUCUGAGCUCAGCAGGUUACCCGCCCCAGGGACAAAGAUCUGCUUCCCGUGAGGCUACCUCGUAGCCUCAGGAAGGACACCGUGGCCACUCAGCAUGUCCCAGCGACACUCGGACAGCUCCCUGGAAGAGAAGCUGCUGGAAUACCGCUUCCACUCCGAGCUGCGGCUCGAUGCCAGGGGGAACCCGGCAUCCGGGCUCCCCGUGGUGCGGGGCGCCCUGCAGCUCAGGGACAAUGAAGGCUUCCAGCUCGAUACCCCGGUGCCCCCCGCUGUGUCCCCUAAGGACGAGGAGCCACGGGCUGUCGUCCUUAGCACGCAGAGCCCCGCGGCCCUCAAGAUGGGCACUCAGCAGCUGAUCCCCAGAAGCCUGGCCGUGUCGAGCAAGGCCAAGACCCCGGCCCGCCACCAGAGCUUCGGGGCGGCCGUGCUCAGCAAGGAGGCCGCCCGGCGGGACCCCCGGCUCCUGUCAGCCCCCAGCUUCUCCCUGGACGACAUGGACGUGGACGCGGGCCCCGGGGGGGCGCUGAGACGGAACCUACGGAACCGAUCCUACCGGGCGGCCAUGAAGGGCCUGGAGGCGCCGGGCGGGGAGAGGGGCCCCCUCCAGCUCAGCCCCAAGCUCCAGGCCCUGGCGGAGGAGCCCAGCCAGCCUCCUGCUCGGUGCCCGGCCAAGAAUAAGAGGACGCUGGGGCGGAAACGUGCACACAAGGGCUCCUUCAAGGACGACCCCAGGUUCUACCAGGAGAUCCGGGAGCGGGGCCUCAACACCAGCCACGAGUCUGACGACGACCUGCUCGACGAGCCGUCCAGCCCCGACGGAACCGGGAAGGCAGACGCCCCCAUCGUGGUCAAGAGCUACCGGCCGGCGCAGAUCACCUGGAGCCAGCUCCCGGAGGUGGUGGAGUCCGGCAUCCUGGACAGGCUGCCUGCUGAGGAGCGCAAGAGGCAGGAGGCCAUCUUUGAGAUCCUCACGUCGGAGUUCUCGUACCAGCACAGCCUGGGCAUCCUGGUGGCCGAGUUCCUGCAGUCUGGGGAGCUGCAGGCAACGAUGACCCAGAUGGAGCGUCAUCACCUCUUCUCCAACAUCCUGGACGUCCUGAGCGCCAGCCAGAGGUUUUUCGAGGCCCUAGAGCAGCGGCACAAGGCGCAGGUGUGCGUGGAGGACAUCAGCGACAUCCUAGAGGAACAUGCGGAGCAGCAUUUCCACCCCUACGUCGCCUACUGCUCCAAUGAGGUCUACCAGCAGCGCGCCCUGCAGAGGCUGAUGAGCAGCAACACCGCCUUCCACGAGGCCCUGAGGGAGAUCGAGAAGCGUCCCGCGUGCGGGGGUCUCCCCAUGAUCUCCUUCCUCAUCCUCCCCAUGCAGAGGGUGACCCGGCUGCCCCUCCUGACAGACACCCUCUGCCUCAAGAGUCAGGGCCACCCUGAGAGGUACAAGGCCGCCAGCCGUGCGCUCAAGGCCAUCAGCAAGCUGGUGAGACAGUGCAACGAGGGAGCCCACAAGAUGGAGCGCACAGAACAGAUGUACACCCUGCACACGCAGCUGGACUUCGGCAAGGUCAAGUCCCUCCCGCUGAUCUCUGCCUCCCGCUGGCUGCUGAAGCGUGGGGAGCUCUCUGUGGUGGAGGAAACCGGGCUUUUCCGAAAACUGGCCAGCCGGCCCACGUGCUACCUGUUUCUGUUCAACGACGUCCUGGUGGUCACCAAGAAGAAGAGCGAGGACAGCUUCGUGGUGCAGGACUACGCCCAAGUGGACCACAUCCGGGUCCAGAAGACGGAGGCCUCCGACCCCUCCCUGCUGGGGGGCGGCGGCAGCCGCGGCUCCUCCGUGCCGCACCCCUUCCAGGUGACCCUGCUGCACAACAGCGAGGGCCGCCAGGAGAAGUUCCUGCUGUCGUCCGACUCCGCGAGUGACCGGGCCCGCUGGAUCGUGGCGCUCACACACAAGGAGAGGCAGAGUCCCGCCAACAAAGGAGACCUGCCCCAGGUGGAGGUCACCAAGGCCUAUCUGGCCAAGCAGGCGGACGAGAUCACCCUGCAGCAGGCGGAUGUGGUCCUGGUUCUGGAGCAGGAAGACGGAUGGUUCUACGGCGAGAGGCUGAGAGAUGGGGAGACGGGCUGGUUCCCCGAGGACUUCGCCCGAUGCAUCACCAGCCGCGUGGCCGUGGAGGGCAACGUGCGCAGAAUGGAGCGCCUGCGCGUGGAGACAGACGUAUAGCCCGCUCUGCCCGGCGAUUCGAGGGGCGCAGAUCCACCGGCCCCCAGGAGCCUGACAGCCCGCGGGUCUCCCGAGGCGCUGGGGGCUGCAGUGCCGGCUGCAGACACAUCCGGUGGGAAGCUCACACACGCCGUCCCCCCCGGGGGCCACCCUCCCCCAAGCUGUCAGGGCCAUGCCAGCUUGGCCCCACGUCUCCCACACGUCCUGCACCCACCGCACCGCCAUGCAGGGCACAUGACCGGACGCAGGGCGUGGCCCGGCUCUUCCCUCGCCUCUCCUGCCCCCCACGUGGGACCGAGGGCCCCACUCUCUGAGAGGAGGUCCCGCCUGAGGGAGCGGACUCUGGUGCCAGUGCUGAAAUCCUGACUGAGGUUUUCACAGACAUUAAAGAAAGUAUUUCUUUA